GUGAAUGGUAAUUUAGAUGUUAUAGUAGAUGGGGUUAAUUUAUUGAAGAAGAUGAAAAUUACACCUGGGAGACUACAGAACCAUGCCAUUAUAAAUAAUUUACAAGAAUUACAAGAAACCUUUCAUCAUUUUUUUACUCAAGGUUCUGCUGCUGAGAGAAUAUUUACUGACCCUGUUUUAUAUGAAAAAAUAACACAGACUGCUGAUGAUGUUGAUGGAGCUGAGUAUUAUAUUGGUGGAAAUGCUGCAUUAAUGGCUACAACAACAUCAGUUUUAUUUCCAAAUGUUCAGAUACAAUUUGUGGGACCAAUAGGACCAAAAUUAUUAAAAAUGAUGCCCAAUUCCAUUAUCAUUCCUGAAAAUAGUCAUAUCAAGCACGAUGAGACACAUUUAAUAAUGGAAUAUAAAGUAGGGGAGAGGUGGGGAGAUUCUACAGCCAAUGUAGCAACUAGGUUUAUUACUAGUUAUGAUGAAUCAAAUUCCAAAAUGACCAUGUUAGAAACUUUCUUUCAAAAUGUACAAGAUUUUAAGCCUGAUUUGGUGUUGCUAUCUGGUUUACAUCUAUUAGAUGGCGAAAGAGAUGAAUUCUUUAGGAAGAGAAUUGAUGCAUUUACAGCUGGAGUAGGAAACAUACCAACUAAUGUACCUGUACAUUUAGAACUAGCCAGCAUGGCAGAUAAAGAAUAUGUUCAACAUAUACUACAAAAGGUUUUGCCAUCAAUAACGUCUCUAGGAUUAAAUGAGCAGGAAUUAUUUUUCUCUUCAUAUGCAGCUGGUGGACCUCAUGCUGAAGAUUUUCAUAACAUGAAUGGUCAACCUUUGAUACAUCGAAUAUCAGAUAUUAUAUUAUGGUUAUUAAAGACAUAUGGAUAUUCUGAUAAAAACCCGAAUUCUAGACUAACUAGAAUUCAUUUUCAUUCUUUAACCUAUCAUAUAGCUGGUGUUAAUCCUAAUGUUUGGAGUAAUAUAGAAUCAGGUAUGAUGGCUGGAGUACGGGUUGCAGGUUUACAAGCUUGUAAUGUGAAAACUUUAUCUCCAGAUCUUGUGGAUUUACGAAUUCCGUUAAAAUAUCAACUAUAUACUGGUGAUAUAUACAGAGAAUUUAAUGCCAGUCAACCUGUUAAUAGCUGGAUAUUAGAUGGUUUUCAGUUUGUAUUUAGUCCUGUGUUAGUAUGUAAACAACCAGUAAAGACUGUAGGACUGGGUGAUGCUAUCUCUGCUACUGGUUUAAUGUAUUCACAAUUUAACUCUCCUAACAGAUGA